AGUAAACAAAGCUUGGAAAGCUGUCGGCCUGUUCUCGCGGUGUCCUGCAGGUCUCGCGGUAUCUGGGCGCUGUGGCAGCUCGCUGAAACGUGUGCGUGCCGUCUUUUCCCCGAGGUGCAGGAGAGGAGCAGACGCGAGCUGCGGGCUGCUGCACAGACUUACUAAAAAAAUGGUGCUGUUGCACGUGUUGUUCGAGCACGCGGCGGGCUAUGCGCUGUUCGCCGUCAAAGAGGUGGAGGAGAUCGGCAUGCUGCUGCCUCAGGUGGAGGAGAGCGUGCUGAACAUUGGGAAGUUCAACAGCAUGGUGAGCCUGGCGGCCUUCUUCCCGUUCAAGUCGGCCCAGGCUGCUCUGGAGAACAUGAACGCCAUUUCUGAAGGUGUGGUUCACGCUGACCUGAAGUUGUUCUUGGAGACAAAUCUUCCCCUCUCUGGGAAGAAGAAAGCCGUGUUGGGGGUUUCGGAUGCCAAGAUCGGAGCAGCUUUACAAGAAGAAUUCACCAUUUCUAUCCAGACUGGUGGGGUGGUGGCAGAAAUAGGCAGAGGCCUGCGUCUGCACUUCCACUCCCUGGUGAAGGGUCUGACUGGCCAGGCUGCCUCCAAGGCACAGCUGGGUCUCGGCCACAGCUACUCCCGAGCCAAAGUCAAGUUCAAUGUGAACAGGGUCGAUAACAUGAUCAUCCAAUCCAUCGCUCUGCUGGAUCAGCUGGACAAAGACAUCAACACGUUCUCCAUGCGUGUCCGUGAAUGGUACGGGUACCACUUCCCAGAGCUGAUCAAGAUCGUGACCGAGAACUCGAUGUACUGCCGCCUGGCUCAGCUCAUCGGAAACAGAAAGGAGCUGUCGGAGGAGAGUCUGGAGAGCCUGGAGGAGGUGGUGAUGGACCACGCCAAAGCUCAGGCAAUCCUGGAUGCGUCACGCUCCUCCAUGGGUAUGGACAUCUCUCCCAUUGACCUGAUCAACAUAGAGAGAUUCUCUGAUCGUGUUGUGUCUCUUGCUGCCUAUCGACUGGAGCUGCAGGAGUACUUGCGCUCCAAGAUGAGCCAGGUGGCUCCAAAUCUAGCAGCCUUAAUUGGUGAAGUGGUGGGAGCUCGUCUGAUCUCCCAUGCCGGCAGUCUAACCAACCUGGCCAAGUACCCAGCCUCCACCGUUCAGAUCCUGGGAGCAGAGAAAGCCCUGUUCAGAGCUCUAAAGACUCGUGGCAACACCCCCAAGUAUGGGCUCAUCUUCCACUCGACCUUCAUUGGACGUGCCGCUGCCAAGAACAAAGGCCGCAUCUCCAGAUAUCUGGCAAACAAGUGCACCAUCGCAUCGCGCAUCGACUGUUUCUCUGAGGUACCCACAAGUGUGUUUGGUGACAAGCUCCGCGCACAGGUGGAGGAGCGCCUGUCUUUCUAUGAGACCGGCGAAGUGCCACGGAAGAACGUGGACGUCAUGAAAGAGGCUGUGAAAGAGGCUACCGAUGUCGCAACUGAGAUCAAGAGGAAACUAGAGAAGAAGGAAAAGAAGCGCAAGAAGCGUGAAAAGAAGUUGCAAGAACUUGAAGAAAACGGUGAUGCCAACGGUGAAGCUGAGGUGGAGAAUGGAGAAGCAGACACCCCUGUAGCGAAGAAGAAAAAGAAGAAGCAAGCGGCCGAGGAGGUGGAGGUCGAGGUCCAAGCAGAGGAGAACGGAGCAGAGGAAACUCCAGGAAAGAAGAAAAAGAAGCGAAAAGCUGAAGAGGUCCAAGAAGAGGAAGCCGCUGUCACAGACAAUGGAGCAGAAGACACUCCAGCCAAGAAGAAAAAGAAAAAAAAGACUGAGGCUGUGGAGGCAGAGCCCGAAGAAGAGGUCCCAGAAACACCUGUGACUGAGAAGAAAAAGAAGAAAAAGAAAAAGGAGGCUGAAAAUUAGAGGAUGAACGGAUCAAAGACUGAAUCUUUAUUUUUAUGUACAGUUUAUUUUUUAUUUUACUCUUAAUCUGUUAGUUCAUGUAAGCAGCUUCACGGUGUGCUGUCUUUUGUCAACCUCAAAUCAGGUUAGACCACAAAGAAAUGCUUAUAACUGUGCCUUUUUUAAGUUGAUGAACAUCACUUCUGUAAAUAGUGUAUCAUUAAAACCUUUUGUCAGGUAAAAA